AUGGAAUUGCCCAGGAAAAGGGCGCCGAGGAGGAAGGAUGACCGAAUCAUUCUCCACUUUGACUACGACUGCUUUUACGCAUCGGUGCUGGAGAACCGGGAUCCGAAGCUGAAGGCCCUGCCGCUGGGCGUGAAGCAGAAGAAUAUUCUCGCGACGUGCAACUACGUCGCCCGCCGGCGGGGCGUGAAGAAGCUCAUGUUCAUCACGGACGCCAAGAAGAUAUGUCCUGAUCUUGUCAUCAUCGAGGGCGAAGAUCUGACGCCAUUCCGAGACAUGAGCAAGACGCUCUUUGCGUUCCUCAGAGGCUUCUCGUGGUGUGGCAAGGUGGAGAGGUUGGGGUUUGACGAGGUCUUCAUGGAUGUUACGGACAUCAUCCAGUACAACAUGUUUUGUCUGAACAGAGUAUCUCUGUCGGAGUCGUUCUUCCAUUUGUCGAGGCAGGAUCCUGAAAAGGGGUUCGUCUGUGACUUGACUAGUGUUGCUGGGUGUGUCUACGGACCUGUCCCCGAGACAGGAGAUCUCGACGACCCGAAGUAUGUGCGGCUUCUCCUAGCAAGCCAUCUGGCUUACUAUCUGCGGUUGAAGCUAGAGGAGGAUUUUGGUUUCACCGCGUCGGUGGGAGUGUCGACAAAUAAGCUGCUGAGCAAGCUGGCGGGAAGCGUUCACAAGCCGCGAAACCAGACGACUUUGAUGUCCCUUACGGACUCUGUGAUCGAGGAUUUCAUGGACGCACACUCGGUCAGAAAGGUGCCGGGAAUCGGGUUCAGGACGUCGCGGAUGCUGGAAUCACAUUAUCUCUCGUCGCAACCUGGUCCGGAUGACGCGGACAGGGAGACGUCGCCGUUGAAGGUACGCGACGUUCGACUUCAUCCCGACACGGGACCGGACUUUUUGGAGAAGCUGCUUGGCGGACCUGGCUCGGAACGCGGUGUCGGAGAACGGGUAUGGGGGCUCUUGCACGGUGUUGACGACACCGAGGUGAAGGACGCCAGCGACAUCCCGUCUCAAAUCAGCAUUGAAGACACUUUCAAGGGUUUGGAGAAUAUGGUGCAGAUUGAGAACGAGCUACGGAAGAUUUCCGCAUCUCUUGUGAGACGGAUGCGGACAGACUUGUUGACGGACGACUCCUCUCUAGAUCCAGGAGGCCAGCGAUGGAUCGCCCACCCGAAAACGCUCCGUCUUUCCAUUCGAUCCUGGCCAACCGACGCGGCGCCCAACUUUCAGCGCAUAUCUCGCUCUCAGCCCCUCCCCAACUUCAUCUUCAACCUCAAAGAUACCCCAGAGUCCAUCGCUGAGCGACUCGUAACCGAAAUCCUCCUCCCGACGAUGAAGAAAUUCCAUCCUGCGAAUCACAAGUGGAACUUGCAACUCAUGAAUGUCUGUGUCGCCAAUAUGGCUGCCAGCGGAAGCGAGGCCGGCCCUGGUGUUGGGCGAGACAUCUCCGUCAUGUUCAAGCGGCAGGACGACGUGCUGCGGCAGUGGAGGAUCGAUACCGCAAUCGUUGAAGACGAGCAGCCUGUUUCAGACGAUGAAUUCGAGGAGGCGGAGUUGAUGGAUUUUGGGACCGGAGACUCAUGGGAGGAUGACGAGGAGACGGCACGGUGUCCUUUAUGCGGACAUUGCAUACCCCCUUUUGCCCUGGCUGCCCAUGCUCGGUAUCAUGACCUGGGGGACUAA